CCUGGAGGUGCUCCCCGCUGCCCCGCAUCCCGCCGCCCCGGUGGCGGAGCUGCUGGCCGGGGUGAUGCGCUGAACUCGGCGGGUCCGCUGUGCGCGGUGCUCGGCCACGGUGUGGGAGCACAGCCUGCGGAAGCAGAGCCUGCACUGCUCCCUGCGCGCAGAGCAGCCCUGCUGCACUGCGGGGUGGGCCGGUGCCCUGGAGGAGUGUUUCAGCCCCGGAAGGAUGAGGCUUGCAGGCUGGAGUAGCGCUGUGCUGUGUGCUUCAAACACAAGCGGGCCCUUGGGUUUGGCCAACCUGACCCAAGAGACCACGGACAGAGCUUCAGGGGUUAAAUGAGCGUGCUGUAAAUUGAGGAACAGAGGUAGGGAAUAAGCGGUCCCAGUAAAUUCCUUGUGAUCCCAAGCGAUGGAAAAGCAGAGUGUGCACUGUGAGUCACAGCAUGGGGAGCGGUGUCUCAAAGCAGUGGGGCUGCAGUGCGUGGGGCUGCGGGCACAGCGGGAGCAGUGCGGUGCUGCGGACCCCAGCUUGCUGGCAAUGGAGACCGUCUCUUCUUCUCCAUCACCCUUCCCUGACAGCUCCCCCUCCAUGCCCUCUGGGAAUGCCACAGUCCACGACCACUACUCUGGCCUCCAGAAGAGCCUGCAUGUCCUCUCUAUGGUGGUGUACAGCAUUGCCUGUGUGCUGGGGGUGACAGGGAACGGCCUCGUCAUCUGGAUUGCGGGCUUCAAGAUGAAGAAGACAGUGAACUCAGUGUGGUUCCUCAACCUGGCCAUCGCUGACUUCAUCUUCACCUUUUUCCUGCCCCUCAGCAUCAUCUACACCGCUCUGGACUUCCACUGGCCCUUCGGGAAGCUGCUGUGCAAGCUGAACAGCACCAUCGCCUUCCUCAACAUGUUCGCCAGCGUCUUCCUCCUGAUGGUCAUCAGCGUGGACCGCUGCGUGGCCGUGGCCUUCCCCGUGUGGUCCCACAACCGCAGGAGCCCGGAGCUGGCGGCCAGGGUGGCGCUGGGGACGUGGGGGGUGGCUGUCCUGCUCAGCUCCCCGUACCUCAUUUUUCGUGACACUGCGGUCAGUUCCCGUAACAUCACCAGCUGCUACAACAACUUCGCGCUGUCUGAUGACUACGCGGCCGAGGAGACACGGAGGCUGUGGAGGAUGAGGCACAAAGCGAUGAUCGUAACGCGGUUCUUAUGUGGGUUCCUCAUCCCCUUCACAGUGAUUCUCAUCUGCUACAGCGUUGUUGCUGUCAAGCUGAAAAGAAGGCAACUAGCCAGCUCUGCAAAGCCGUACAGAAUUAUCAUUGCCGUCACAGUCUCAUUCUUCCUCUGUUAUUUCCCCUAUCACGUCUUCUCCUUGCUAGAAAUAUCUCAAAACUCUUCCAGUCACGAGAUGAAAAUGGCCCUUUACAUAGGAAUCCCCUUGGUUUCCAGCCUCGCUUUCUUCAACAGCUGUAUAAACCCCAUCCUUUACGUCUUUGUGGGGCCAGAUUUCAAGGAGAAGUUUUGCCAGUCCAUCUUGUCGACCUUUGAAGGGGCCUUCAGUGAGGAGUCAAUGCUGGGCAGCCUGAGCAGCAGGAGGAAGUCCAGGUCUGCCUCGGAAGCAGAAGUCCCAAGGCUCUGACUGGGCAUGGUUCAUCAUGGGCACACUGCAGGGCAGUUUGCUCUCUCUCUUCUUCUCUCUUUGUCUCUCUUCUUUUUUUUCCUGCUGAUUUGUCACAACACCCCAUUUUUAGCAGGCGGCCCUUUGUAAACGUCACUGAGUCUGUGACUUUGCUGACAGGACCCCCUUUAUUGUCCCUUCUCUCCAGUGUUCUUCAGCCAUGAGAAGCAGCCUCUGAGCUCAGUGGGUCACCUUGUAGGCACCCGAGUCUGCAUCACCACUGGGUUCACCCCCAGGGCAUUCCCAAAUGGCAAGUUAGCUGCUGGCAGGAUGUGUUCUCUGCACUUGCCAGGCUUUCCUGGCAGCCAGUCUUUGCUGGGAUGCAAAAUUCUGGGGUUCCACCAGAGGGCAAAAUUGGAUGCAGGUAUGCUGGCAGCAGGCGCAGCCGGCACUUCAGCUGGCCAAGAGGACGGAGGGAAGAGCUGCUUCAUAAAUUCCUUAUAACUGAAUCAGUAAAGAAAAUACAUCUUUUCCCGUGCAUCAUACCAAUCUGGCACAUGGGCUGCUGAUUUUUAAGUAGAAGAUGAUUAAAUUAAAAAAAAAAAAAAAAAAAAAGCAGGAUGAACAUGCAGUGGGAUCUGUCUGGAGGCACUUCAGCAAAUGCAGCUUUUAAAGAAAUAGGAUUAUGAGGUGGUUAGGUGUAUUUCUGUAGGGUCUGGGCUAGCUUUGUCCUUUCCCCCCCGAGACAAGUUGUCGGUUGUGUCCCACUUACCCACUUACUUUGGUGUUCAGCAUAACUGUUCCUAAGCAAUGCUACUCCACGUUUGUGUUUGACCUGCUUCUGGCCCUUGUAUAGCUGAAAAGUCUCAUUUUGUACUGUUGGUGAAUGCAUAUUAAACUCCAUUAAACUUAUUUAAAACAUACCCAGCCUAUUGUGCUGCCUGUGUGAUCCAUUCAAAACGUGCAUGCUCAUGUUUGCUGACAAAGCAACUAGAUAAGAAGGUUCAAUACCCAUGAUUUGGAAAUUGCUCCCAGUAACUCUCCCCUGUCUGACAUAGGCAGCACUCGGCCUGUGUGAGGAGGUUUGUCUGAAAUCCAGCAAGGCAGAGAAGGAAGAGCAAAUCUGGAAUUGGUUUUUUGCCCGCAUUUCACUUUUGCAAAGUGCUUGGGAUGAAGAUGGUGGUGUUAUUCCCCUGGGUUUGAUCGGCCUCUGAACAGCUUCAAUGACUAUGGCAUACAAUGUCGGGCAGGUAGAAGGGAAGGUUCCCAUCCCAACAUGAGGCAGCUGUGUGAGCAGGUGAUGGCAUCACACCUCCUUCCCCUGCCUGUUACAUGGCACAAACUGCCACUGUCCCAUUUAUGCUGCUAGGAAGCAGCCUCUGAGUGGCUCUCGAAACCUCAUUGCUUCAAUGGCUGGAAAAUCUGUCUGAAUGCCAGCCUGAAUGUAUGAACGUGCACGUCUCAUUUUGUGUGGAUGACAGCACCAAGUGAGCUCUGUCACCUGAACAUGUUAGGGAUUAAUUACGGGUCUGUUGGGUCACACAAUAUUAAAUGAAGGUUGAGCUCCUACAGGCAUGCAUGCACUUAACCUUAAAUUCAUGCGUAAUCC